UUAUACCAGUGUGUAUUUCAACAUUACGAUGAUUGGCUAGCAACGGUGGAGUUUAUUUUAAGCCCGAAAGAGAUGUGUUGAAAUGUUUUCCAGAGAACAAUUUUUCUGUUGACUUCAAACGUAUUUGUACAAAAUGAGUUUAUGAGAAACUCAUCACAUUGUAAUCAAAUCCAGGAGUAUAAGCCUAUUAGUUUUAAUAAUUUCUAUGAUCAGUGGACACUAAUCAUCCCCAAGGACUUUUCACAGACUGUUGAGAUGGUGUUGCAUGUAACUGAUGAUUUCUGAAAGACACACAGUUCAAUGGAACCAAUGCCAAAGAUCAGUGAGCGAUUUUCGAUUCAAUAAUAACGACUGUUGAUCUAACGAUGUGUAAUCACGUGAAAUAUUAUCUUUGAGGACCGACUUCUUUUACAUUUAACCAUAUUUAUUACCUCAACAGGGAUUCUAAAAAUGUGAUGGUGAACAAAGACAUAAGCAGAUUUCUCAUCGGAGGAAGGCCACAAUUACCUGGAAUCGAGUUACCGCCUCCGUGUUAUUGAAUUUCAUGACUACCUGCAAACAGACCGAUGUCAAAGACUUCCAUAGCUAUUGUCAUUUUUGUGUAAUGAACAAGUUUGAUUCAUAUUCUUUUUGCAUGGAUAACCAACUUAAUUGGAUUUUGGUUUGAUUUCCGGAGAAAACACUGGUAAAAGGAUGAGACCAGCUUUAUACUUACUGCCGGCGAAUAGAAAUUGAUCGGGACGACGUUUUCAAUUCAAAUGGCGUAUUUUAACCCUCUUUUCUUCUAAGCAACAAAGGAUUUAAGAAAUGUCGUAUAUGUUUGAUGUUUUGUCUUAUUUCCGGUAUUGAUGUAGAACAUAAAAGAUCUCUUGAGAGAUAAUAAUAUAGCAAUUAAAUUGAGGACAUAUUUAUAAGAAACAGACAUGGGAUGCACAAUGACAACUACCAAACCGUCGAUGAUGGAGGCCGGACAUAAACAACUUGAAAAGUUCAAGAUCAGUCGGCAUACUUUUGUUGAGGAUAUUAAUAUAAAUGAAGUCAGUAAGAACACGUCACAGAGCGAAGAAUUACUCGAACAACAGCUGGAUUUAAACAGGCGACAGAAGUUUCUGAUUUUGAAAUCGUGGAAAGGUAUUUCGAGGGAGAUUAAAACUACAGCCGUGAACAUGUUUACAAGAUUGUUUGAAACUAAUGAAGAAUUGAAGGGCUACUUCGUUGAUGUUUCUAAAUGUCCCUCGAUUUCGGAUAUACGGACGAGUUCAAAGUUUGAAGGUCAUGCAGUGAUGGUAAUGCACAUAAUCGAUGAUGCAAUGUCUAACUUGGAUGACGUCACGUGUGUUGAAAAUCUGUUGUUAAACGUUGGAGAAUCUCACAGAAAAUUCCCCUGGUUUCAGUCCUGCUAUUUCUGGAGAUUAGAGGAGCCUUUUUUGUUGGCGGUACACGAGACACUAGGAGACCGUUACACAGCCAACAUGGAACACAUUUAUAAGAAGGCAAUUCACUUCAUACUGAAUUUCCUCGAAGCCGGAUUUAAGAAGAGAAAUGCUCUUCCCGAGAGUCCGCAAUCGCCAUUUUAAGAAUACAUAUGUCAUCAAUAUUCCGCAACUCAACUGAGACUGUGGAUUAUAUAUGAAUUUCUACCAUCAACCAGUCAAUUGUCAACACUUUGAGAAAUAAGUAAUAUACAACUGCAGAACACAUGUCAUAUACCAUUUUUAUGUUUUAUGUUUGCGUCUGCUGAAUUUGAAAAUAAGUCCAAAUUGAGAAUUACUAUACAAUACCAUGCGACCAUGUACUAGUAGGCAAUAUGUGCUAUGCCAAGUGCGAUAGAUAAGUGUAGUGUACUCAUAGAACUGUGGAUAUUGAUAAGAACUGCAUCAUACAUUUUACAAAGUUUCAUGUUUGAGUGUUUUCUCGCCACGACGCACAGAUAAUAUAACAACACUGAUUGUGCCAAACCAUCGUCACACGAAUCAAUUCUCAGCCAGGUUUUAAAUAUUGGUGUUUUUCUAACAAACCUUUUUUUUUUACAGAUGUACAAUCAAAUUUUUCCUAAUUUGAAACAUAAGCGAUGAACAUUUCUGCAGCGACAUUCGAAACACGAAUGAUUUGUUCGACCCAGCUUGCUCCGUUCAAUGGUAUCUACCUACGA